AGCACCGCUCACACGGGUGCUCACACCGGGCUGCCUGCGAGGAUGGCUGGCUUCGCGGAGCUCGGGCUGUCAUCGUGGCUCGUGGAACAAUGUCGGCAGCUGGGUUUGAAGCAGCCCACACCCGUGCAGCUUGGCUGCAUCCCCGCCAUCCUGGAGGGUCGGGACUGCCUGGGUUGUGCCAAAACCGGCAGUGGCAAGACAGCAGCGUUUGUCCUGCCCAUCUUGCAGAAGCUGUCUGAGGAUCCCUAUGGCAUCUUCUGCCUCGUCCUGACACCCACCAGGGAGCUGGCCUACCAGAUCGCAGAGCAGUUCCGGGUCCUGGGGAAGCCUCUGGGCUUGAAAGACUGCAUCAUCGUCGGCGGCAUGGACAUGGUGGCCCAGGCCCUGGAGCUCUCCCGGAAACCACACGUGGUCAUCGCCACACCGGGGCGCCUGGCCGACCACCUCCGCAGCUCCAACACAUUCAGCAUAAAGAAGAUCCGCUUCCUGGUGAUGGAUGAGGCGGACCGGCUGUUGGAGCAGGGCUGCACUGAUUUCACCGUGGACCUGGAGGCCAUCCUGGCGGCUGUGCCGGCCCGCAGGCAGACGCUGCUCUUCAGCGCCACGCUGACCGACACGCUGAGGGAGCUGCAAGGCCUAGCUACCAACCAGCCCUUCUUCUGGGAGGCUCAGGCCCCGGUGCGUACAGUAGAACAGCUGGACCAGCGCUACCUGCUAGUGCCUGAGAAGGUCAAGGAUGCCUACCUGGUCCACCUGAUCCAGAACUUCCAGGACGAGCACGAGGACUGGUCCAUCAUCAUCUUCACCAACACAUGCAAGACCUGCCAGAUUCUUUGCAUGAUGCUGCGGAAAUUCAACUUCCCCACCGUGGCUCUGCACUCCAUGAUGAAACAGAAAGAACGCUUUGCUGCCCUGGCCAGGUUCAAGUCCAGCAUCUACCGGAUCCUGAUCGCGACAGAUGUGGCCUCCCGGGGCCUGGACAUUCCCACCGUACAGGUCGUCAUCAACCACAACACCCCCGGGCUCCCGAAGAUCUACAUCCACCGAGUCGGCAGGACAGCCCGGGCAGGGCGGCAGGGACAGGCCAUCACGCUGGUGACACAGUAUGACAUCCACCUGGUACAUGCCAUCGAGGAGCAGAUCAAGAAGAAGCUGGAGGAGUUCUCGGUGGAGGAAGCCGAGGUGUUACAGAUCCUCACACAGGUCAACGUGGUGCGGAGGGAGUGUGAGAUCAAACUGGAGGCAGCCAACUUUGAUGAAAAGAAGGAGAUUAACAAACGGAAGCAGAUGAUCCUGGAGGGGAAGGACCCCGACCUGGAGGCCAAGCGCAAGGCCGAGCUGGCCAAGAUCAAGCAGAAGAACCGGCGCUUCAAGGAGAAAGUGGAGCAGACACUGCAGCGGCAGAAGGCCAGCAGGGCCGGCCGCAGGGGCCGUCCACCCAGGGCCCAGCCUGAGGCCUGCUCGUCCCCAGCACCUGCUCAGGGCCCGGCCUGAGUUCCACACGGCCCCCACCUGCCCAGCCCGGGACUCCUUCAUCCAGCUGAAGGUUGGAGGGUCCUCCCCUCCUCCCAGUCUGCCCAGUCCCCCUCAGCGGAGCCCACGGACACCCACGUUGUGCAGCACACAGCCCUCCCCGCUGCAGCCCCUGGUGGCCCCUUUUCAGAACCUCGGGCGAGAGGCAGGCUGCAGAGGAGGAGAGAACGCUGACUGCGAGGUUGGGCCCAAGUCCACGGACAGGGACCCCAGCCCAGGGUCACCAUGGGGGUGCCGUGGGGCCCCAGAGGGGAGGUGUGUCACUUGGCAGGAGGUGCUCAAUAAAUGAAUCUUUUGACUUCCCCAGUCUGAUUCUUGGGGAGCAG